GUUUCUUUCCUGCGUACAUAAUCUUUUAAUGGGCCUUUCCAAAUUUGCGGGGCAGGUAUCUUUGUAUCAAAUUGGAAGUUCUUACCAAACAAAAAAAAAGAAAAGGAAAUUACACAUAAUUGGCCCACUGGCCCCACUCUAAUGUAACGACGCCGUUCUAUAUCUCAUAGUCAUUGGGGAGAGACGACGCCGUACAAGCAAAAGACGAAGCCAGCACCGACGCAGAGAAGAAAAAGGAAACCCUAAUUUUCAUUUUGUCUGAUCUUUUUCUUCUUCAAAGGGUUUUCGCUUUUCCAUCACGUCACUGGUAAAUUCCUCUGUUCUUAUCAUCCCUACAGGUUAGAGAAGAAGCAACGCCUCCUUUUAUAGGAACCUCUUUCGGUCGGACGAGAAAGCCAAAAACGUAGCAAAACAUCGAUCCUCCGAGUCCGAGAUUCAGGAAUUGGUAAUGGCGGCUAUGUCAGCGGUUCUGUCUCUGGGUUUAGGAACACUCCGCCCUUCGCAUCGUUCCUUGUCCUGUUUCGAUUCCCUCCGGCACCACCAGACAUCUUUUCUCCGUUGCCACCAAAGUCUCAUCUCUAGAAAUACGACGAGGUCUCCGCUCAACAAGAUUCUUCAGGCUUGCCUUCAAUCCAAUUCUGCAAAUGGUGAUGCUUUGGUGUCAUCAUCCGAUGAAAGUUCUGAGAUUGUAUUUAUGGGUACCGGAACCAGUGAAGGGAUUCCUCGUGUCAGCUGCCUCACUAAUCCUUUGAAAACAUGUUCGGUAUGCACAAAAGCAACAGAACCAGGAAACAGAAAUAGGAGACUUAACACCAGCAUUCUUGUUCGGUACAUUAGACCAUCCGGAACAAGUAACAUCCUCAUUGAUUGUGGCAAGUUCUUCUACCAUAGUGCCCUUCGAUGGUUUCCCACCUUCGGGCUAAGAACACUUGAUGCAGUUGUAAUUACUCAUUCUCAUGCUGACGCAAUUGGAGGUCUUGAUGAUCUUCGUGAUUGGACAAACAAUGUCCAACCUCACAUUCCAAUUUACACUGCUAUACGUGAUCUCGAGGUGAUGAAGAAGACCCAUUAUUACUUGGUUGAUACAAGUGUCAUCAUACCCGGAGCUGCAGUCUCAGAGUUGGAGUUUAAAGUCAUACACGAGGACCAGCCAUUUGUGGUAAACGAUCUGAAGAUCACCCCAUUACCUGUAUGGCAUGGAAGUAACUACCGUUCCCUUGGUUUCCGCUUUGGUAAUGUCUGCUACAUAAGCGAUGUCAGUGACAUACCGGAAGAAACCUACCCGCUCCUUAAAGACUGUGAUCUCCUAAUUAUGGAUGCUUUGAGGCCUGACCGGUCUUCAGCAACACACUUUGGCCUCCCAAGGGCGUUAGAGGAAGUUCGGAAAAUCAAACCAAAAAGAACCCUUUUCACCGGAAUGAUGCAUUUGAUGGACCACGAGAAGGUGAGCGAAGAACUGGAGAAACUUAGGAACACAGAAGGCCUCGAUGUCCAACUGAGCUACGAUGGUCUUCGUGUACCAAUCUCAAUUUAACUCGGUUUAUUCCUUUUUUCCCUGGUAUAACCGGUUUAUAAUUAUAUACAUAAAAUAAAUUUCCUUUUUUGUAAUGACCUGUUAUAUGUGCACAAAGCCACCUAGAAAAUUUUCAAUGUAAGCGUUUUGGUUAUAAGCUUUGGUUUUUCGCAAACCGGGUUAAAUAAAUGGCUGAAAUCAGUCUGGUUCGAUUGGGGACCACAGAAACGGUGACGUUUUUAAUAGAGACAGUGGCAAGAGGAAGCACAGAAACAGAAAACACGGGAACGGAUGUGUUCAUAAGGGCGUCUGCCAAGUCGGCGACCAGAUUGCAUGGCUUUGUUCUGGUUACAAUUCAAUUAUCUCAUGACACGUGUCUCUGUCGGUCCGGUAUGGUCCCCUCGACCGGUCGCUUUCACGCGUGUCUAUUACCGAAGUUGACAUUAGAGUAGAGGAUUCCCUCGAAAUUGCAUUAUCC